AUGUCCAACAACUCCGUAAGCGUUACCAGCGCACCCGUUGCGGCCACAUUUGUGGCAAAAGACACGCCAAUGCUUGCCGGCAUUGUGAUUAGCUGCGCUGCGGCUAUAGCCGCAAUAGUUGUGCUCGUCUACUGGGCAUUUAUGUGGAUCCAGAGACGGUACUCCACGACACAUGUCCUCCCCUUCCCCCACGAUGGAACCAGUGAGCAAUAUGAGGCCAAGAGCAAGAACAAGGACAAGAACAAGGACAAGGCCAAGAACAAGGACAAGGCCAAGAACAAGGACAAGGCCAAGAACAAGGCCGAGAACAAGGCCGAGAUCAAGGCCAAAGCCAAGAACAAGGACAAGGCCAAGAACAAGGACAAGGCCAAGAACAAGGACAAGGCCAAGAACAAGGCCGAGAACAAGGCCGAGAUCAAGGCCAAAGCCAAGGCACCGAGUUGGGUCGGGUUCCAGCGUGAGGGAAAGGAGAGGGCAAAAACACAGAAAAACAGAAAAACAUGUAAAAAAACAGUCUCAUCAACCUAA